GCAGUUUCCUGUGAGACUCCUCCAGCUUGGGCUACUUAACAUGAAAACAGCUCGACUUCCGGGAAAUCAGACUUUGCGACAAGUCGUCAGAAGAAGUCGCCGGCGCGGGACAGCAGACCGAUGGCUACCGUCGUUCAGGGUCUAAUAUAGUAGAAAUUGUUUUUAUUUUACUGCUAAUUACGUGGGACUGGUGCUAUGUCUUCGGGAAUGACAGGGCAAACACCGUGCCUGUCAAGUCGAUGGGAUCAGCGUGCACAACCUAAACAGAAUGUAGAUUUAGGACAGCAGCAAAGUGGUGCAAAUGCAGCCCAUGCUGUCUCCUUACCAGGGGUCGCUACUAACAGCAGUGUUUCCCAGCCGGGAGAAAAGCCAGCUCCUCCAGGAGGAGUUGAAAUGGCUGCAGCCAUGGCUGCUAAAAUAAAUGCCAUGUUAAUGGCAAAAGGAAAGCUAUUGACUCCUCCACCCUUACUUGCGAAGAUUCUUCCAAGUGUGCCUGCAUCAACCAUAACAGAGGAGAUGGUGGUCACAGAGGUCGAUAUUAAUGAUGUACCAAUCAAUUGCAGGGACCUUCUUACAAAAGGAAAGACACAGGAGGAGAUCCGACAGUUUAGUGGAGCUGUUGUCUCAACAAAAGGGCAUUACAUGUCUGAAAAUGACAAGGGCAGAAUAGGAGGGCAUAGACCUUUGUAUUUGCAUGUUCAGGGAAAAUCCCAAGAUCAGGUCAAUCGAGCUGUGCUACGGAUAAAGGAGAUCAUCUCUGAGGACGUGUUGAGGGCAUCAGCAGCAUCAGGAGGACAGCAGUUGCCUAUAAUGCCUCCGCUCACACUCUACCCUCAGCCUCCUCGGCCUGUCAUUUCAGCUGUCCCACGGAUGCCUAACAGCAACACAACACCAGGCCAGGGACAUCGGCCUGCAGCUCCUCAUUCAGGGAGUUUUGUGCAUACAAAGAUUUUUGUGGGUCUGGACCAGGCACUGCCUUCAUUCAAUGUGAACGAAAAGGUUGAGGGUCCAGGGGGGACGUACCUGAGUCACAUCCAGACAGAGACGGGGGCUCGAGUCUUCCUCAGGGGAAAAGGUUCUGGCUACAUUGAACAAGCAUCAAAGCGGGAGUCAUUUGAGCCUCUUUAUGUUUACAUCAGCCACCCAAAUGCAACUGGACUGGAGGCAGCAAAGAAACUGACCGAGAGUCUGCUGGAAACUGUGAGAUCGGAGCAUGCCCGUAUGGUGUCUGUGUACACGGCCACAGGCUCAACACAACCAUACCCAGCACAUGGAUUUCCUCCUAAUAGCAAUUACUCUACCCAGGGGUCCUGGUAUAACUACCCAGCAAAUGGGUAUGCUGGCGGCUAUUCAGCGUACCCAGGAGCCGGUGGUUAUUGGAGUAAUGCAAAUGGUCCCCCAAGUCAUUCUAACAUGUCGACAAACCCUCCAUCUUCUCAGGCAAUGGUUCAGUAUCCGGUGUGUCCUAGAAAACCACAUCCCUAUCUGGUCCAGGAUCCUGGCAGCAGUGAGACAGUGGAGCAUGAAGGAUCGUUAAACGCCGCGGCUGACACGGGAAGUCCCAAACGUCAUUUCCAGGAGGGGUCCAAAGAAGAUGAGCCUGCCAGCAGUCCUCCAGAGGGCCCUGCUCAUCAGGAGUCUGCACCUCCUGUCUCCAGUGUUGGAGAGACUAAAGUAGUAGAAAGGAUCCUGAUGCCUCCACCGCCGCAUCUCUUUGUUGCCCCGGCCCCUGUUCCCCGAAAAAGGACGAGAGACGCUGUGACAGAAGAUCCAGGCAGUCCGCCCAUCAGCGCCGCGCCAAAGGGUGUUCGAAAAAAUGUGUGCGAGAAGAAGUCUAAAGUGGAAGAAGACACAUCGGGACUAGUGCCCUACGGAGGAGACUCCUCUGAUGAAGAGGAGGAGAGGACACGCAGCAGUAAGACAGAUAACUCAUAACCCCUACCCAUCCUCACCCCCACUGCCCAGGAUACCCACAGAGCCAGAGUUUCUACAUUAAGUUCAUCAAACAAGUUCUCAAACCCAUUAAAAGGAAAAAUCCACCCUCGGUUAUCAUACACUGUUAUAGCAUGUACAAGUGUGUUGCAAUGUUUUACCCCCUUCACUUCUAAAAAUGUAUAUGUUACUGCUGACUACUUUAAUCGAAGAUAAAAGGAAAGGAAAUUAUUUACCUUUGUUGGGCAUUUCUUUUAAACAUCUUUAGCUACAGAUGUUAUAUCUGAUGGCAAUCUCUAUAAGGCAGUAAUUAAGUACAGAUCAGUAGUUAUCAGGCUAAAGUUGCAAAAACAACAACUGGUAUUGUCUUUGAUGAAGCACCAGCUGUAAUGUUUGGUGAAAAUCCGACACUGAAAAGGUUUUGGGCACAGGAUAGCUGUUAUGUUGAACUCCCCAUGUAGAGACUGUAGUCCUCCAAGCAGGCAUCCUGGGUUAAAUUCAAACCUUAGGCACUUUGCCACGUGUCAAGUCCCACUUUCUCAUCCCAGUUUCUGACUCUAUCCACUCUCCUCCCCUGAAAAAAGGCACAAAAGCCCCCAAAAUAGUAUUUAAAACUUGUUGUGGUUUUUGCUUUUCUUGCAUAGUUUUAUUUUCUCAUGGAUCUCAAAGCAUGUCUCUCACAGUAAAUGUGAACCAGUUUGUUUAAACAAAUUGUAAGCAUAUUUAAAUACAUGCCCAUAUAAAAACCGUGUGUAUAUAUAGACUUAUAGGUAGCCUGCCAGUGAAUUUGUCAUUGAGCAUUUGUUUGUAACCACAUGACCUUGUGGCUACAUGUCAGUAAUACUGUUAUUGACAAUACUAGUGUUUCCUCAUUUUGUUGUUGCCUUCACAGAAGCAUUUAUUGUUUGGUCGACAGGCUGACUAAAAUGUUCAAAGCAGAUUUUCUUCAGUCUUAAAUGACAUACAUAGCUGGUUUUAACAGUGUGGAAUCAUUCAGGGUGGAUUUUUUUCUUUUAAGUCGUGAAAGCAGUUGUAUAAUACCUACAAAUGUUUCUUUUUUUCUUCCUUGGCACACUUUUAAUUUUCAAAGCACCUUUUCGCUUAAUCAAAAAACAAGCCCCGUAUUUCUUUUUUAAAAAUGUAAACACUUGUUCCGCUGCAGGUGCUGAUGAUAUAAAUACAUAUUGUAAAAUUCUGUGAAACUUUUUCUUAUCUUGGAAAAAUGGUGUAUGCCUGUUCCCAUGGAAUAUUAAAAUAAAAAACAACUGAAAACAUAA